CGGGCUGUGCCUUGUCCCUUCUGCCCCCCCUUCGAGUUUUUCUACAUUCUUCCCUUAGCCUUUCUGCCCUCGUCUUCUUUUUCCCCUACUUCACUUUGUGUCUCUCCUGGGCAAUUGCCUCUCACUAGUUUUCAUCAGACCUUUCCCCCUCCAUCGACACUACUUGCGCCAAAAUGGCGUCUCCGGCCAUUCAGAAAGCGAUCUCCGAGGCGGCGGUGCAGUACAUGAAGCCUGAAGGCAAGGUUUUCCAAUAUGGUACCGCUGGCUUCCGUAUGAAGGCUGACCUCCUGAACACGGUCGUCUUCGCCGUGGGCUUGCUUGCUGGACUUCGGUCCAAGAAACUUAGCGGACAAUGGAUUGGUGUUAUGGUGACCGCUAGUCACAACCCGGCCGAGGACAAUGGUGUCAAGUUGGUUGACCCCAUGGGCGAAAUGCUGGAAGCCGAAUGGGAGGCAUAUGCUACUAAGCUGGCCAACGCCCCUCUGGACAAGAUUGGCGAGGUGUAUGACGAGCUCGUCAAGGAGAUCGAUGUGAGCAUGGAAAACCCUGCCCGUGUUGUCUUCGCCCGGGAUACUCGUGCCUCUGGCUCGCGACUUGUGAGCGUUCUCAACUCCGCCCUCACCGCCAGCGAAGUCGAGUUCCUCGAUUUGAAAUUCAUGACUACCCCUCAGCUACACUAUGUUGUUCGUUGCAAGAACACUCUGGGGACCCAAUACGAGUAUGGCGAGCCCACGGAACAGGGCUAUUAUGAGAAGCUUGCAGAAGCUUUCAAGAGAGUCAUGAGGGGCGUUAAGAUCAACGGCUCGUUGACCGUGGACUGUGCCAACGGCGUCGGUGGCCCUAAGCUGAGGGAGCUCAUCAAAUAUCUUCCUUCUGCGGAAGAAGGUGGUGUCAACAUCAAGGUUGUCAACGACGAUGUCAUCAACCCUGACAGCCUUAACUUCGAUUGCGGAGCCGACUAUGUCAAGACUAAGCAGCGCGCCCCGCCCUCUUCUAAGGCGGCUGCCCUUGACCGCUGCGCAUCGCUGGAUGGUGAUGCCGACCGUCUCAUUUACUAUUACGUCGACGAGAGCAACGUGUUCCGCCUUCUGGACGGUGACCGCAUCGCCACGCUUGCUGCUUCUUUCAUCGGCGACCUUGCCCGCAACGCCGGAAUCGCCCAGAAGCUCAAGAUUGGCGUCAUUCAGACCGCCUAUGCUAACGGAGCCAGCACGGACUACAUCGAGAAGGUUCUCAAGCUUCCCUCCGUUUGCACCAACACUGGUGUCAAACAUCUCCACCACGCCGCCCUGCGCUUUGACGUCGGUGUCUACUUCGAAGCCAAUGGACACGGAACCAUUACUUUCUCCGAGAAUGCUUUGAAGACCAUUAAGAGCACUGAGCCUCAGUCUCCGGCUCAGCAGCGUGCCCUCGAGAGCCUGCAGGCCCUUACUGAUCUGAUCAACCAGGCCGUUGGCGACGCUCUCUCGGAUAUGCUUCUUGUCGAGACCAUCCUUGCCCAUAAGAGCUGGAGUCCGAAAGAGUGGCUGGCCACUUACACUGAUCUGCCCUCGCGUCUUGUGCGGGUGGAGGUCGCGGACCGUUCCAUCUUCCAUGCCUACGAUGCGGAGCGCAAGCUUUCAUCCCCCCCUGGACUCCAGGCCAAGAUUGAAUCUUUGCAGUCUCGUUACAACAAGGGCAGAAGCUUUGCUCGUGCAAGUGGCACUGAGGAUGCCGUGCGUGUCUACGCCGAAGCCGCCAGCCGAUCUGAGGCCGACGACCUUGCUACCCGUGUGGCCAAUGCCGUUCGCGAGGCGGGUUCGGCCUAAGAGCUUUUUCAACUGCUCCAUAAUCUAUCACGGUGUAUUGGGGUUAAACACUGCUACGUCCGCUAUGCCUAUAGGACUGCACGGUGGAAGGAAAGGACAAAAAUACUUCAGGGGAAGUUGAGUUGGAGGAAUCCUCAAACUCGAUUUUUCUCGAUUGAAUCACAUCCAGUCAUAGAAUUACGGGAUCUGUUAUGAAACGAAUUGAUGAGUUUAGCUUAGUUAUUCUAAGACAUUAAAUUAUGCCCAUAUUAAAUUACU